CAAACAGUUGAUGAAGAUAGUGAAAACAUAGAACGUUAUUCAAGAGUUUCACGAAUUAUCAUUGACACUUUUCCAAAUAUCCUCAGAGAUAUAAUCGGCUCCAUUAUUUCUGCAAACAAAUUGUACCAAAUGUGCUUGCCGCAUCUAAAUAGUUUCUCGUCUGAUCAGAAAAUUAUCCUAAAUGACUCACAAUCGUCAAAUUCGUAUGAUUCAAUGGACAUUACAUUGAUUUAUAAGUUGUUAAGACAGUUUUCGCUGAUAAAUCCUCCUACAAAAGGAUGGGGAAAUAAUCCAGACAAAGUAGAUAUAAAUCUGGUAGAUGAUGUAGAACGCAUACGUCGUUACAGAAACCAACUAGCUCACCGAUGUAACACAAACAUUGGAAAGGAUGAAUUUGAUGAUUACUUCGACAAUUUUCGUGACAUUGGCAAUAGAAUGGAUAUAAACUUUUUCCACACAACAAAUUAUAAACGAGUUAUAAUAGGGCAUAAAACAUGCAGUAUGGAUAUGCAAAUGCAGACAAAAUACAAGAACGCCUUAAAGCAGCUAGAAAAUAUAAAAUUGCAAUUUGAAAAAAAACCUAUAAAGUUUUACUGGGGAGAAAGUUUUGAUAAAAGUUUGAGGAAUCUGAGAUCGUUGUUAAAGGACGAAAAAUCAGAAGAAGGAAGACGUACAGUCCGUGUACAGAUCAUCUUCCAGAACGAGGAGGAUGUCGAGAAAACAAUUGAUAUUCUGAAUUCCCUUAAAGACGAGAUCAAUAAAGACUUGAGUGGAAUAGAAUUUAUUGUUGCCACUAAAGGGAGUAUAGUUCUACAUGUAGAUAUAUUGCCACAAAUGCUGGAAACGGAUGAACUAUUACAAUACACCCUGACUUUAUUUCUGAGAAGGAUUUUGGAACUCAUUACGACCUCCGAUACUGAAAGUAUGGAUAUGGUUUUGUUAUCUGUAGAAGAGUUCACACAAUGGAUUGCAUCAAAAACCAUUGGACAACCAGUUUACUUAGAAUUUGAUAUCGAGGCCGAGUUAUUUGAAACCGACCAUAAAAUGGUAGAUCAAUUAGGACAAAUGUCGGACGCCAUCUUGAAACUUUCAAACGGAAGCGGAACAAACAAUGAUAUUACUGCAACACUCCUUCCUAUUUGUCUUGAAAAUAUGUCAGCAAACAAAGAAGCAUUUACCCAACCUCUAUCACCUAAUGAAAAAAUACCAACCACAACUGCGGCGUUCACCCAAGCUCAAACACCUGUCAAAUACAACCUUCCUGUUUCUGUCAAUUCGCGUCAACAGUUUAAUAUCCAAAAGGGAAGGAAUGAAUAUCAGGUCAUUACUAGCUGCAUCAAAAUAGGCAAAUCAUUGGUGUUUACCGACUAUAAUAAUGACCAACUUAUUAUUUGUAAUGCAGACGGUACUGAUGUCCAUCACAUUCCUCUGUCCUAUACACCACGGUAUAUAACAGAAGUAGAUAGUAAUACUGUGGCAGUGUCAUGUACAUUUAACAAUACCACACUGAUAAUAAAUAUGCAUACAAGAUCUGUCACCAGUACAUUCAAUACCAGUCAUAACUGCUACGGAAUAUCAUUUGAUGAUAAUAACCUUUACGUUGUUAUUGAUAUGAGUAUUAUACAUGUGAUGGACCUGACAGGUAAAGAAAUACGAACUAUUCCUUUACCUUCAGACAAAAUUCGCGACAUUUCAGUUAACAGAGACAGGUUGGUCUGUAUAAACGUUACAUCAAUAUACUGCUGCUCGCUAGAUGAAAAAUUAAUUUGGAAGUUUAAAAAUGAUAGAUAUCAAGAUUUAGGUCGUGUGACAACUGAUAACGAGAGGAAUGUAUAUGUGACUGAUGGGAGAACACACACUGUAGUAGUAAUAUAUGAUGAUGGUAAAAUUUAUAGAGAAAUUUUAACUCAAUCAGAUGGACUGAAAAGGCCGGGUGGAAUUCAUUUUGACAAAAAAGAAAAUAUUCUGCUUGUAUGUAAUCAUUUGUUUGGAAAUGGUUUUCUUUUUGAAUUUAAAAAAGAAACCAACAUAAACAAUCAUGAAUAGUUCUUUCAGACAAUGAGUUUAUUCGGACUCGAAUCUGUUUGUGCAUUUAGUCAUUCAAAAUAACUUCCAUUUAUUUUCGUUUUCUUUACUAUCAAUCUAACUUGAUUGAUUGUCAUGAUCUGUACAGUUGUAUUCCGUUUUCAGAGACAAUUAAUAAUUGUGUUAUGUACAUGUUUUGUGUGACCAACGCUUUAAUUUCAUUUGUGACCAGAAAUCAACUUUAUAUGGAAAUUUCGAAAAAAAAUUCAAAGACGUAAUGAUCUUUGGUUCAUGUCCACUUGCUCUUUGAUAGUUGGACACAGAUCUUCGUGUAAUGACCAUAAUUAUUCAAAUUCCUAAGCAGGUAGUGAUUUUACAGUACAGGCUAUAAGGAAGUAUGAAUUUCUGAAUUUUGUUAGAUAGUAUGAACAGAACAUGGCUCUUGGUCAUAAAACUUAACUUAGUUUGAAAAUGAUAAAUAUCAAGAUUUAGGUCGUGUGACAACUGAUAAUGAGAGGAAUGUAUAUGUGACUGAUGGGAGAACACACACUGUAGUAGUAAUAUAUGAUGAUGGUAAACUUUAUAGAGAAAUUUUACUCAAUCAGAUGGACUUAAAAGGCCGGGUGGAAUUCAUUUUGACAAAAAAGAAAAUAUUCUGCUUGUAUGUGAUCAUUUUUUUUGGAAAUGGUUUUUUUUUUUUAAUUUAAGUCAUAUGUAUGUCCUCAAUAUAUUUUUGUUUCGAAAUAAAUAUUCUUUAUGGA